CGUUUCAAGUAUGUGGAUCACCCUCCUUAUUCCCCUGACCUUAAUCCUAUCGAAAACUGCUGGGCCUACUUGCGUAAACAGAUCUGGAAGCUACCUAAACGUGCAACAAACGAUAAACAACUCUUUGAAGUUGCUCAAAAGCUUUGGAAGGAGAUGCCACAGGAGGUCUUAGAUAACAGUAUUGAUAGCAUGAUGAAGCGGUUGAAGGAUGUCAGAAGGAACAACGGUGGGAGCACAAACUAUUGA